UGGCAUGCGCGCCCACAGACGCGGCGGCAGCGGGAGCAGCCCCACAUCCGUUGUUGCCAGCAGCUCCUUUCUGAGCUCCCUAACCCUACCGUGGGGUGAAGCGCCGGCCAUGACGGAAAGCCUGGUCCUACCCCCAGCCCCAGCCAAACCCAAGCGGGCGAAGGCGUCGCGGCGCUCGGCGUCGCACCCCACCUACUCGGAGAUGAUCGCGGCGGCCAUCCGUGCGGAAAAGAGCCGCGGCGGCUCCUCGCGGCAGUCCAUCCAGAAGUACGUGAAGAGCCACUACAAGGUGGGCCAGAACGCCGACCUGCAGAUCAAGCUCUCCAUCCGGCGUCUCCUGGCUGCCGGCGUCCUCAAGCAGACCAAAGGGGUCGGAGCCUCCGGUUCCUUCCGCUUGGCCAAGAGCGACAAGGCCAAGAGAUCCCCAAGGAAGAAGAAGAAGGCCGGCAGGAGGUCCACGUCUCCCAAGAAGGCGGUGAGGCCCAGGAAGGCCAGGUCACCGGCCAAGAAGCCCAAAGCCACCGUCAGGAAGGCCAGGAAGAAGUCGCGGAGCCCCAAGAAGGCCAGGAAGCCAAAGACUGUUAAGGCCAAGUCGCGGAAGACCUCCAAGACCAAGAAGGUGAAGCGGUCGAAACCCAGAGCCAAGUCUGGUGCCCGGAAAUCGCCCAAGAAGAAGUGAGCAGCCUGGGGGCUUCGCCCAGGCUCUCCCCAUUGGUUUCUGUAAAUAGCUGUUGCCUUUAUUUUUACCUCUUUCUGUUUGCAAAUUUUAUAAGUUGAUCUAUUCCUAACAGCUAAAACAAGGCAAAGAAUGAAAGGGAAAAAAAAAAAAAAAGAAAAAAAAAAAAAAAGGAACUUCUUCCAUAUGGAAGAGUUCCCAUUUAUACAA